GCUUGCGUGAUGACGAGAAAGGCUGCGUUGGGAGCGUGCGUGCGGCCCAGGGGCGUGACUAACCGUCGCCUGGCUUCGCACUUCAACUGGCGUUGGUGGCUAGUUCACCUGUCACUCUGUUGUCCUUAAAAGCGCUUUCGGGCCAUUUGUAUCGCGUGGCAUCAAAGCGUUUGUUCUCAGAAUGUCAAGUGUCAAGGAGCAGCUUAUUGAGAAUCUAACCGAGGAAGAUAAGGUGUCCCACUCUAAGAUCACCAUUGUCGGAGCUGGCGCCGUUGGCAUGGCCUGUGCUAUCAGCAUCUUACUGAAGGAUCUGGCUGAUGAACUUGCCCUCGUUGAUGUCGCCACAGACAAAUUGAAGGGGGAAAUGAUGGAUCUUCAGCAUGGCAGUCUCUUCUUUAGUACUUCAAAGAUUACCUCUGGAAAAGAUUACAGCAUAUCUGCAAAUUCUAAAUUAGUUAUUGUCACAGCUGGGGCAAGGCAGCAGGAAGGAGAAAGUCGCCUUGCCCUGGUCCAGCGUAAUGUGAAUAUCAUGAAAUCAAUCAUUCCUACCAUAGUUCAUUACAGUCCUGAAUGUAAAAUGCUUAUUGUUUCAAAUCCAGUGGAUAUUUUGACAUAUGUGGUCUGGAAGUUAAGUGGCCUACCUGUGACUCGAGUAAUUGGAAGUGGUUGUAAUCUCGAUUCUGCCCGUUUUCGUUAUCUAAUUGGAGAGAAGUUGGGUGUUCACGCCACAAGCUGUCAUGGUUGGAUUAUUGGAGAACAUGGGGAUUCUAGUGUGCCUUUAUGGAGUGGAGUGAAUGUUGCUGGUGUUGCUCUCAAGAGUUUGGACCCUAAAUUAGGAACUGAUUCAGACAAGGAACAGUGGAAAAAUAUCCACAAACAAGUUGUUGAGAGUGCCUAUGAGAUUAUCAAGCUGAAGGGGUAUACGUCUUGGGCUAUUGGACUGUCUGUGACAGAUCUGGCAGGAUCAAUUUUAAAAAAUCUUAGGAGAGUGCAUCCAGUUUCCACUAUGGUCAAGGGCUUAUAUGGAAUAAAAGAAGAAAUCUUUCUCAGUGUCCCUUGUGUCUUGGGGCGGAAUGGUGUCUCAGAUAUUGUGAAAGUUAACUUGAAUUCAGAGGAGGAGGCCCUUUUCAAGAAGAGUGCAAAUACACUUUGGAAUGUCCAAAAGGAUCUGGUAUUUUAAAGCCUUUUGAUGUUUUAUUGUUUUACAGAACAGAAGAGAACAGACUGUAUUUUACAUUUUAAAAGUAUUUUUAUCUGAUCUGUACAAAAUUAAAAAGAAAUCGGAGACCCAUGCUAUAACUUCAGUCAUUUGAGGUUAGAAGGAGAACAUUUUUGGUAAAGAGAUUUCUUUAUGCAUUCCUUACCUCUCUGUUCUAAUGAUACCUGGUCUGUUAAGUUGGACUUUUGAAGUAUGUCAUAUACAUAAGCGUUGCCUUCAGCUUUAUUAGAAUAUAAAUAACAACCCAUUAUAAUAUAGGACUUCUGAUUCUUCCCACAAACAAGUGCCUUUUCUAGUGAAAUUGUAUCUUGUGCCUUCUUUUACUAGGGCACCAGCAUAUUCACUUUAUAUUGCUACAUUAAGUUCACGUGU